CCUUCCAUCCCCUCUUAUAAAACGCAUCUCUGAAAAUUCCACAGGUCAUAAACCAGACAGAUGGCAGCUCUUCUGAAACAUUCUUUGCAAAACAAGGAGGAAGAACAAGAAGAGGAGGAGGAGGAGCUGUUUGAGAUCAAUCUGGAGGCAGUGAACAGCAUCCCUCCUCCUCCCCAUUACUGUGAAACCCAUGUCACUGCAACAGGUAGUGCACUCUUCGCCAAUUGCCUGCUUCCAAUUGCCGAUGUCUCCAGCGCCAUUCCAAUGUCUAAAGCAUGUAACUUUCUGUCAAUGGAGGGAACAAUUGCCGAGGGACUGGUGGCUGCUGCCGUCGUCGAGUUAUUGCCGUCGUUGCCCACAAAAUUUCUUGUUCAACACAAGGAAAUGAGAGCAUGAUCAAUUAAUCCAUUGGUAGGAAAGAUUGAUAUUCUUUCAUGUAAUAGGGAAGGGAAACUAUGAAUUAUAUAUAUGAAAUGGAAUGUUAGAAAAUUAAUUGGGUUGUUCAUUUUAUGGUGUUAGAUUUCAGCCCAUGGUUCUUUAUUACCUUAUUUGCCUUAACUUCUGGAAAUGUUGUUUCUAGUAAAACAAAGAGACCUGG